AUGACUAAAUUGGACCCAUUUUGUUGUCAUUCAAUAGGUAGUAAUAGCGAAUUAAGUUACACCGAUGAGGAUGAAUUUUAUGAAGUCAUCGACAUCGGAAAAGAGCAAGAGGAAGAAGAAAAAGAAGAAGAAGAAGAAGAAGAAGGAGAAGACGAUGGUGAUACCGAUACUGAAGAAUUUAUUUUUGAAAAUAGUGAUUCAGACAGUGAUACAUACAGUUUUGAAAGCCAAUUUUUAAAUAUUAAGGAAAAUGUGCUCAAGACAUCCAAGAACUUAUCCCCUAAAAGUUCGACUAGCAAUAAACAUUCCAUUAAUGAUGUAAAGGUGGAUUAUGAUUGUUUAAAUACCUUACAACUAUAUGACAUGUUAAUAGAAAGUAAAAUUAGAAGAUUAAAACCGAUUUUUAAAAUAUCAGAAACUCGACUGUUAAAUUUAUUAGCGUAUUUCGACUGGAACGAAGACCGUCUUAUUGAAAGGUACACCGAAAAUAAGGAAGAUACUUUAAGUUCUUGUGGUAUAAAUAUAUUUGGUUCGGACAAUGGCAAUGAUAUUAAAAACGUUAUUAAGCUGGAGGCUAAGAAAAGUUAUGUUUGUCCUAUUUGUUGCGAAGAUAACUUAGAGUGGGUUUUCUACCUCAAGACUUGUAAACACCACGCAUGCCAAGAGUGUUACCAAAGAUAUAUUAAAGACGAAAUAAAUAAGAGUAAGCUGGUAAAAUGUAUGAACUGUGAUAAUACUCUAAACUUGAACGAUUUGGAUUUAAUCAUGGGAGACAAGGAUGACGGAAGUAGAAAGUUACUAGAAUUUAGUAUAAGGAGCUUUAUUACUAAACAUUCUGAUCAAUAUAAAUGGUGUCCUUUUGCUGAUUGUGAUCAAAUUAUACAUGUUAAAGACACUUGCCAAUUAGUGGAGUUUCCCAGGUAUCAUAUUUCUCCAUAUGUAAAAUGUAAUAAUGACCACAAUUUCUGUUUCCAAUGCGGAAGAGAAAAACAUGCACCGGCAGAUUGUCGUUUAGCAAAUAAUUGGAUUAAAAAAGCUGAUAAAGAAUCUGCAACUUUAAAUUGGGUCUUUGCAAAUACCAAAGAAUGCCCUCGGUGUUCAGUUAAUAUUGAAAAGAACGGUGGGUGUAAUCAUAUGAUAUGUGGUGGCUGUAAAUAUGAAUUUUGUUGGGUUUGUGAACAAGAUUGGGAGCCGCAUAAAAAUAGCUUUUUUAAUUGUAUUAAAUACGAAAAGGGUAAAGUUGGAAAUAAUGUUGAAGAUGAAAAUUCUGAUAGUAAUAAAACGAAAAAUGGGAAACUGCCAAAAGAUUUUCAAAAAUAUAAACAUUAUUAUAGGCUAUUUUCCGAACAUGAACAAAGUGCUAAACUAGAUAUGAAAUUAUAUGCUCAAAUAGAGAAGAAGAUUCAGUCAAUGCAAGAAACAGUGGGGAUUUCAUGGAUCGAGGGCCAGUUUUUACAAGAGUCCAUCAAUAAUUUAAUAAAUGCAAGAACAGCUCUUAAAUGGUCUUUUGCUUUAAGUUAUUAUUCCGAUCAAUCACACAAUCUAACAAAGAUUUUUGAGGACAACCAGUUGUUACUAGCAUCAAAUAUCGAGGAAUUAUCACAAUUAUUUACAGAAAAGGAUCCACGGAUGCUUUUAGAAAUGAAAUUAAAAUGUUUGAACAAGGCACAAUUCGUUAAAGCGCGUAUGGAAGCGUUGAUUGAAUGUGGUCGCGAAUUAUUGUCGAAGGGGAUUUGUUCUUAA